AAAAAUCAUAUUAACUAUAUAAACACAGCUUCUAUUGACACUGUCUUGCACCUCAUUGCAAUCGAUCAUCAGCACAAAGAUGCCCAAGUCAUUUGCAGCUUCUGUCAUCUUCCUGAUUUGGCAUCUUAUAUCAUCUGGGAAUUCAGUGGCAGAAGCAUGCACCAUUUAUGUGAGCAAUAAAUGCCCCUUCCCGAUAUGGCCCGCAACUGCCCCAAACAAAGGGCAACCAGUGAUAGCCAACGGAGGCUUCUACCUUCCACCAGGCCAAACAAAAACCAUCCAAGCCCCCGGGACAUGGAGCGGCCGCAUUUGGGCUAGAACAGGCUGCAACUUCAACUCCAACUCCAAAUCCAACUGGAAGCCCGCCUGUGAAACAGGCGACUGUAACCAACAAUUCGAGUGCAAGGGUGAAAUAGGCCUUCCUCCUGUCACACUUGUUGAAUUCUCCCUCCAGGUGGACAAGAAAAAACCAAGUUUCUAUGACGUGAGCUUGGUUGACGGAUACAAUCUCCCUGUUUCCGUCUCGACAAAGCGCCCGGAGACAAAAUGUAGUAUCGGAGGGUGCUUGAAAAAUUUGAAGAGCGUGUGCCCGGAGGAGCUGCAGGUAUUGAAUGAUCGCCGGGAAGUUGUAGCGUGCAAAAGCGCAUGCCUGGCUUUUGACCUUGACAAGUUUUGUUGCAGGAAUGAGUUUAGGAGCCCCCAGAAGUGCAAGCCGAGUGUGUACUCGAAGAUUUUUAAGGAUGCUUGUCCUAAUUAUUUUAGUUAUGCUUUUGAUUCGCCGUCACCGCUGGUGAACUGCCCGUCGGAUGAGUAUGUGGUAACGUUUUGCCCUUCGAAAUGGGGCACUGGGCACACAGAUGCAUGAGAGUUGCAAUUCCAAUUGCAAUGCCCCCUUCCUCUCGAGUAGAAAACACUUCAUUAUUAUAUCCUAUGAUGUGUAUCACUGACGAAUAAUAAGUUUACAUAUGGCAUAUGAACUCUACUUUCAAUGAACAACUUACCUAGUUAUAGAUACAUGAUAGGCAAAAUGGUAAAAAAGUAUUUGAUUGUAUUAAAUAUCAUUGUUACACUUUAUUUCGUCUUCUUCUUUUGUAUUUUAUCGUGCACUUCUCAAAUGAAAAUUAUAUGUAAGUUUGUCUUUAAAAUCAA